AUAAUUUCCCUCAACUGCUCUGCAUCUUAACUUCUGCACGCAACAAUGGACUUCAAGAGCAUCAGCGGCGAGUAUGACGUCUCCAAGAAGACGCUGAAGACCGCCUGCAAGCUGAAGGUGGCCGACAACAUCUCCGUCAAGCUCAAGCUGGCCAACCCUGGUGCCAAGCCAGGCAUUGAGGUCGAGUACAAGGGCUUCGAGGCGACCUACGACGUGAAGAGCAAGGACUUCAGCAUCGAGAAGAAGUUCAAGCUGAGGGCUGGCGAGCUGAAGAUCAAGCAGAAGGUGCCCGGUCUGAGGACCGAGCUGCUGCCCUCGCCCGAGGUCCAGUGGAAGUCGCACAUUGUCAAGGGCAGGAAGUUCUCGUGGGAGGUGGAGCCCAGCUACUGCUUCCAGGCCCGCAAGGCCAAGCUGGACCAGGUGAUUGAGCUCAACGGCGGCAAGGAGAAGCUCAAGCUGGAGUUCGACAGCAAGCUGGGCGUGAAGGGCCUGGUGGGCACCCUGACGCACAAGGUAGGCCAGUCCUGGGCCAAGCAGCUGAGCGCCAAGUACAGCCAGGCCGCCGGCCCCUCGCUCAUCCACGAGGUGGAGCCCAGCAAGAAGGUGAGCCUGAAGAGCACCGUGGGCAUCAAGGCGCGCGACCUGAAGAUUGUGGCCGAGGUCAAGCCCGGCAAGGUGGCGGGCCUCAAGCCCAAGAUCACCCUGGAGGGCAAGGUCAGCGCCAAGGCGCCCACCAAGCCCACCGGCAUCGUCGCCGGCCUGCACCUGGACGUGUAGAGCCCCGGCCGCUGCCCACCUGUGGGGCGGUGGCGCCCCGGCGGGCGCCGCCCAGGCGGCCCUGCGAGGCAGGAGGCCGCCUCGCCGCCGCCUGGCGGCGGCAGCGGGCGAGGCGCCGGGCGUUGAUGCGGCCCCCGCCUCCUACACCCGCCCAGGGAGCCGCGUCGCAGUGCGGUGUUUGCCGAACCGCGUGGCUACCUGGCGGGGGCGGGGCGGGGCGUGGUGCCCGGCGGUCGCCUAGAGGCGGAUGCAUGCGGGCGGCGCUCGGCGGGGCCGGGGCGGGGGCAGCAGCUACAGCGCAAAGGCGCGGCGCCACCGCCGCGGGUGGGGCGUUUUUGACGCACAUCAUCGGGUCCCGCCUGCGACGGGGCAGGUGCGUGCGCGCAGCGCGGCUGUGCUGCCGCCACUCCCCGCGGCCUCAUCGAGGCGAGCCAUGGAGGAGGAUGCGUCGGGCUCGAUGUGUCUAGUGUCUUCCAGUGGUGUGAGCUGCACGCAGAGGAAUUAUGCAGAAGAAGCCGAACUUGCCUUCAUUAUUACCGUUGUUGCCGCGGGGCUUGGCCUUGAGUGGACCUAUGGGUGUGUGGAUCUGGCGUGUGAAGCCCCUUCCGGCUAUUCCUGGCAAGGGGGCCGCGCCUACUACACUCGUACAAGCGUAGGGCAAGACUGGCCCCGCUUGGCAACGCAACAGUGAGCCCCUCCCUAGUGUGUUUGGGGAUGUGACUAUGUAUUCGUGUGUUGGCCAACGGGUCAACCCGAACAGAUUGAUACCCGCCUUGGCAUUUCCUGUCAGAAUGUAACGUCAGUUGAUGAGCCACUAGUGUAAAAGCCACACCUGGACUCCCUCGUUGCGGUUUGCGUGCUGCACAUGUGCACUUGUGGCGAAGUAGUGCAUUCGUCUGCUCAGUGGCAGGCGUGUGCAUGAGCAUGAGGCAGGGGUCGGCAAGGGCCACACCUCGACGGCUCGGCCCAUACUACCCUGCCUCGGCCCAUGCUACCCUGUGCCCUU